AUGGGGCCGAAAAAGGUACCAAAACCAGCAGAAGCGGGAAUCACACCAGAUGGUGAUUCUGAAGGGGGCGGAGCUGCAGGAGGAGAGCCCGCCAAGGCAGAGAUACUUAUGGGUGCCGACGUAGAAACCCUAGUUUGCAUGUUGCAAAAAUGCCUUAAGUUCCAGUCUGACCUGAGCAAGCGUUGGAAUGAAGAAACGCAGAAGCAGGAGGAACGAUGGCAGGAGAUGCGAGGCGUGGUCCUCAACACCCCCAUGUACAGCGACAGGAAGAAUCGGAGCCCCAAUCUCCCACACUAUGGGAGCAUUUGGGGAGAGGCUGGGCCCAGUCAGUGA